GGCAAAACUUUGAAAACACAGCAACAUAAGUCGCCAUUGUACCCGGCGUCUGUAUACAUUACUUAAAGUUUAAAUUAAUCUUCUUUCUGUAACUUUUCUGAACUAGAGUCAGCCCAAAAUGGGCACCACUAAGGUGGUACAGAUAACCAACAUCGCUCCGCAGGCGACGAAGGAUCAAAUGCACUCGCUUUUUAACUUUUUGGGGAAAAUCGAUGAUAUUCGUCUCUAUCCAACAGUGCGUGAUGUAGCAGUUCCUGUCCAAUCUCGAAUUUGCUAUGUCAAAUUCCAUGAUGCUGAUUGGGUGCCUGUCGCGCAACACCUAACAAACACUGUGUUUAUCGAUAGGGCACUAGUAGUGACUCCGUUUGAGAGCAAUGAAAUUCCUGAUGAACUUCAAGCUUUGCAAAUUUGCAACACCGGGACUUUUGGGAUCUCCCAACCUUCUCUGCCAUCUCAUGUUGUUAGCCAGUUAGAGGGUGCGCACCCCAACCAGGUCAUUGCCACGCACGACCCAAACUUGGUGGCAAAUGGACUACCAAAAUAUCCACAUUUGCCAGCAACACUGGACUCAGGCAAAAUUGCAGAGAUCAGGAGAACACUGGUAGCCAUGAGUUUAAAUGCAAACACGACUGAGGAACAGGUGAUUGAAUUCUUCUCCAAAGCGGGUGAAGUAAAAUACGUGAGGUUCUGCAAGAGACCCUCUGAAACGACCAAGUACUGCCUGGUGGAGUUCUCAGAACAACCAACUAUCAUCAACGCCCUUAAAUUAAAUGGGUCAGAACUUAACGGAACCCCAAUCAAGGUGUACCAUUCAACCCAAUCGAUUGUCAAACCGCAGGCCAAGACUAACGAGGCAGCUCAGAAAGAGAUUGAGGAAGCAAUGAGUCGAGUUAAAGAAGCUCAGACCCUCAUAUCAGCAGCCAUAGAUCCAGUAUUUGGAAUGCUUGGCAAGAGCCGCAGCAGGCACAGCCGGUCGCGGUCACGUUCCAGAUCCAGGAGCCGCAGGUCAAGAAGGCGCUCCAGGUCUCGCCGCAGGUCCAGAUCUAGGCGCCGCUCUCGCUCCCGCAAGCGCUCCAGAUCUCGCCGCAGGUCUCACUCGCGCAAGCGGUCCAAGUCACCUAAGGCCAGGAAACGAUCCAAAUCCAAAACUAGGAAGCGUUCAAGGUCCAGAUCAAAGACUCGCGAUAGCAAGAGCAGCAAAAGCAAGAGUUCUCACAAGAGCAAAAGCAAGAAGGAUGAACCUGAGAUUAAAGAGGAACCAGAAAAGAAACCUAUCAAAGAGGAAGUUAAAUCUGACUCAGAAGCAAGUGAGGUUCAAAAGCAAGAGGAGGUAGUGAAGAAAGAAACGAAAGAAGAAGAGGUUGAGGUGAAAGAGCGCUCUAAUGACAAAGAAAGCAAGUCAAAGAGGAAAAGAUCCAGAUCAAGAUCACCUAAGAAAAGGCGGAAGUCUCGAUCUACCUCUCGACGUCGCUCUCGGUCAAAGUCCAGGCGCAGGAGCCGAUCUCGCUCCAGGCGUUCGACCUCGAGGAGCUUACGCCACAAAGCUUCUCGCCACAAGUCUCGAUCUCCAAAGCGGAGCCCAAAAUCCAGCUCUUCCAGGCACAAGAAACCGAAAACUGAUUCACGCAGCCCUUCGCAGUCGAGAAGGAGAGACGCUGAAAAAAAAGACGCGGCCAAGGUGCAGCGCAACUACGACGAGGAGGAAGCUGGUUUUGAUGCUGCUCCUCCGCCGCCCCAGCCACCCACACCCCCGAAGCCUCCAACCCCUCCUCCACCACCCAGUGACUCAGAAUCAGAGAAGGGAUCAAGUUCUGAGUCGGACAGGAAUGGCAAGAAGAGAAGACGCUCUGGGUCUGAGAGUAGCAACUAAUUGCAAGUGCUUGAUCCGCUUUUCUUUUAAUAAUUGUUGCCCUAGCAUUUGUCACGUGGGUUCUAAUUAGUGAAUAAGCAAUUUUAAUUUUCUAGAGUUCUGUUCAUGUACACAACCUCACAUACAUGAAAUAAAAAAAAAUGAUUGCAGCAAACUUGAUUAAAUUCA